AUUGGUCAGAACGACAUGACCGCCUCAGGCGCGAAUCCGCUAGCGUUACAAAACAAGACAGCAACUUUCGUUAAGAAUACGUUAGGUAUUAGGUUUAUUUUGUUGUUUUUCCAAAGCACGAUAAAAGUGAUUUAAGUUACAAGAUUUUCCAAAGAUGUCGGUAAAUGAUGUCAGGAAAAUGAACUCGAUUUCCUCCAGAAAGACUUCCUGUAACGAGAAAUCACCUUCAGUCCAGUCUUCCUGCAUCUCACCGACAUUCACAGGUGUCAAAGCUGAGAAGAUCCAGCUCCAGGAACAGACUAGUACUGAGAAACCAAAGAUCAACAGACUGAAAAGAGCAAACAGGAUCAGAAAGUCUGAUCUUCUGUGGAGGGAGUGUCAGGUAAUCAGACCUGACGUCACUGAUGAUGAUGAUGAUGAUGACAAAUGUCCAAAUCGAGGUCUCCUCCUCCACACGAAGACGCCUCUGGGACAAAAUCAGCUUAAAGUGAAGUCUAGCACUUCGUGUCAUCGGCGGUCAUCCGUCCUCGGAGAUGAAGCUGGAAGUCUGAGGAGUGGAGCACAUGCAGGAAGAAGCUCUCUCUGUAGACAUGAAGAGAGCGAGAGUGAAAACAACACUGCGGUUCAUUCUUAUUCCAGAUCAACACCACCAUCCCAGAGUCACCCAGGUUCGUCAGAGUUUUUUACAGAUGCUCACACCCGAGAGGAGUUUCUGAAGCAGGUCCAUGCUCAGAACCCACGCUUCCCGGUCAGACGCUUGGUCCAGACGCUCCUGAAGAGACUUGUUUCACACUUUCCCAUAGGUGAAAAUAAAAUCUCCCCGGUUGUCACGGCAACCGGAAAGAGGAAACAGGAAGUGGAAUCUCACAGCGAUGGAUGCCUUCGCAAACGCAGACGAUCAAUUCAGGGCGACUCUGUGACUGAAAAUGUGUCAGAAGGUCAUGUGAGCUCAGGACACGGAGCCAUGAGCAGGAACAGACUGAGGAGAAAACCGGCACCUGUGCAGAACGCAGCCGUGGACGAGUCACAUCAGGGUGAGAGACACGUGAGACACGACCAUGAUGUGGAAAAUGACGAUGACGUGCCCUGGACAGAGAAGUAUCGUCCUCGCAGCUCUGAAGAAGUCGUCGGGAACUCUGCCUCAGUGAGGAAGCUCUACAGCUGGCUGAAGGAGUGGAGGAUAAGAGCGGACGUGGAGGAGAGGAGGAAAAGACGAGAGGAGCAUCGGAUGAAGGAGAAGAGCGACGGGUCGUGGGAUUGCGGGGAUUUUGAAGGUGACCCGCUGAUGGAGGAGUGUGAGGGUGAGCUGUGUAACACACUGCUGAUCCACGGACCUACAGGAGCAGGAAAGAGUGCAGCCGUGUUCGCCUGUGCAGAACAGCUGGGCUUUAAAGUGUUGGAGGUGAACAGCUCGUCCCUGCGCUCCGGUCGGCUUGUCUUGUCUCAGCUCAGAGAGUCCACUCAGUCUCACCAGGUGGGGGCACCGCAGCACUGCGCUUCUCUCACACACACGCCUGCUGCAGCAUCACAAGAAGCUCUACAGAGGUUUGUCUCCUCCAACAGAAGACCGUCAGGAGCUGCUUCCAGAAAGAGACGUGUCACUGCGCAGAAAUCCCUCAUGCUUACACACUAUUUUAUUAAACCUGGAACACACGUGAACAAACACUCUGAACUCCCUCAAGAUACAAGAGCUGCUGAUGAGGUCACACGUGUCGAGUCGGAGAUGAAGAAAGACGAUGCAGUGGACAAAAAGUGCAAGGCAUCGCCAAUAUCACUCAUACUGUUCGAGGAGGUGGACAUCGUCUUCCAGGAGGACGUGGGGUUUCUCGCAGCUGUGAAGUCUUUAAUGAGCACAACCAAGAGACCCAUCAUCCUGACCACCAACGAUCCGUCGUUUGGAGAGUCAUUUGAGGGACGUUUUCAAGAAGUUCAUUUCAAAACACCUGCAACGGAGAGUGUUGUGAGCUACCUGCAGUGUGUGUGUGUGGUACACGGGGUGAAGCCCGACCCGGAGCACAUCCGCUUCAUGCUACAGGAACAUAACGGAGAUGUGAGGGGGAGUGUGUUGGAGCUGGAGCUGUGGGCAAGAAGUGGAGCUGGAAACACACACCACCAUCUACACAACAGAGCACUGAGUUGUAGGUCCUACGCCGAACUGGAAAUCAGCGGCAGUUUGGAUGUACUGGUGGAGAGCUGGAGAAAAGGGCGGAGCCUGUUCUACUCAAACCUGGACCUUCUUUUAGCCACACCCACUGUUGAAAAAGCAGAUCAGAGCACCAUUGAUGAGAAGACGAAUCCUGCGAGGUUUCAGAACCAAAUGAAUAAAGACACGACUCCGCCCGACUCGAGGAAACCUUCUGGACUGAAGGUUAAGAUGAAUUCUGCACUGCAGCUGGACAGACUGAAACACACUGACCAAUCAGCAGGUUUCUCAGAGGUGGAGACUCUGGCACGCUUUUUGGACACCGUGUCUUUCGCAGACUCCUGUCUUUCCCGGCAGCCAUGUUGUAAAUCUGGACCUCUGGGAGCCACGAUGGCCGACGGUUUGCUGGACGAGCCGAGAGAAGACGAGGAGGUGGAGAAGAAGACACUCAGUUUGGAGAGAUGUUAUGAGAUCCUGGCAGUGGUGGAGGCUUUGGGGUUCCUCAGGUGCAGGAUGGAGGUGUGUCCGGCGGAGCGAGCAGAUCGGGACGUGAGGAGAGGAGAUGAAACACGGAAAAUACGUGAACAGAAGUGUGCUGAAGUGGCACACAGAGUGCUGUGCAGUGAAGCGUUCCGGUGUCACGGUGAUCAGACGGCCGUACUGACCGAUUAUCUGCCCUGUCUGCGCUUUAUCUGCAGAGAGCAGCGCGUCCAGCAGCGGCCCAAACUCAGAAUUUCACACUACCUCAGGGACAUCGGACUGCGUCUCCCUAAAAACGUCCUCGACCUGUUAGCAUCUCCGCUACGCUAAUGUGUAUAAGGUUUACCUUCCACACACACACAGACACACACUGCAGUUUACAGUCCACUAAAAGUGUGUACCCUGUCUGCUUCUAAACGUGAAUAAUAAACCAAAAUGUUUUUGUUUUUUUUAUAAAGUUUAUAUUUUUAUU